AAUACUCAAUAUACACUCCAAGGCAAAAAUCUUACGGUUUUGGAUUUUAAUAGGAACUCCGCUCCGAUCCGAUCCGAUCCCAUCCUCCUCCUCCACCGCAAAAGCUCAUCCUCUGCAACCUUAGUGUUCAGGUUAGAUUCAUUUUCUUUAGGCGCUGACUGGGUUUUGACGUCUUAUGUAUAGUAGAGCAAUGCGUGUGGUUUCUACUGACAUGAAGUUUAUGUUUAAGCUAUGUGGAAUGAAGGAGAUGAACUUAGUGUGUUUGUUUACACAUACCCAGGAUUAAGAGUUGUGUUUGAUUGAUAUGGCAUCUAGAAGAAAUGUUCAAUACAGCCCUCUUCCUACUGAUGAAGAUAAUGAUUAUGGCAGUUCUGGGAAAAGACAAUAUGAUCCUCGAUUUGACUAUUCACCCAAAGCAUUUGAUAAAAUCCCAUGGAAAUCCAUUGCCCUAGCACUCUUCCUGCUUUCUCUCGGCUUAGUGCUUCUCUUUCUUUCAUAUUUCAUAAUGACUGGUCACAUGGGAGGCGACCAAUCCCAGGCCUAUGGCCUUUUGGCACUAGGAAUUCUCUCCUUCCUCCCAGGCUUUUAUGAGACUCGAAUAGCAUAUUAUGCAUGGAGGGGUGUCAAAGGAUAUCGAUUCGCUUCAAUUCCUGAUUAUUAAUACAUGUCUUGGAAAUAUUUCCUCUAUCUAUGUAUGCAUCGACUUUUGUUCCGAGUGUAUUGUUUGACACUGACAUAAACCACUUGUAUAGAACCACGUGUAUCUGUAAUUUGUUUGCUGUUUCAAAAAAAGAAGGAAAAAACAUGGUUUAAACAUGCUUAUUCUUUUCAA